AUGCCUGCUUAUCUUGUGACAGGCGCCGGUCGCGGGCUAGGACUCGAACUCGCCUCCCAACUGUCGAAGCUCCCUCAGGAUCAAGUUUCGAUUAUCUUCGCAACAACCAGAUCCGAUCCCUCAGAUGCCCUGCAACAGCUUAUCGCUCAUUCGAAUGGGAGGGUCGUGCACAUGCCAAUGGCCAUCACUGAAAAGGACAGCAUCAAGGCAGCGGUGUUUCUGGUCGACAAAGCCCUUGCCGGAAAGGGACUUGAUGUCGUCAUUAAUAAUGGUGGCGUCUUGCUUCUUUCCGUUAACGGCAUCGAGAACAUGGAUCACCUUGGCUAUACUCUCAAAGUGAAUUUAGAAGCCGUCCACGAUGUCACGGCAGCAUUUCUGCCCCUUUUGCGCAAAGGUGAACAGAAGAAAGUGUUGAACAUCACAUCUACCCUUGGCUCCAUAACAAUAGCUCCCCAAUUUAUGUAUGCACCAACACCAUCUUACAAGGUCUCGAAAGCGGCUCUGAAUAUGUUGACUGUGCAAUGUGGCUUGGAGCUGGGGAAUGAAGGGUUUACAUUCCUGAUGGUGUCCCCCGGCUACUUGAAGACUGACAUGGGUGGGGACAGGGCUGACCUGCCGGUCGAGGUUGGAGCAAAAGCCACCCUUGAUAUUCUCCUCAAGAGCACAAAGGAGGACAAUUGGAAAUGCAAAACCAUACAUGUUCCCGGAUGGGAGAAUGUGGAAGGUCCAAAUGUGUAUGAUGGGAGGGAAGUAGCCUGGUGA